UCCUCUGCAAAUCAGCUUGCGCUCCUUCCGACACGCGACACGAUCAUCAGAUUUAAACUAUCAAGCUGAAAUCAGAAAUCUAACUUGUUUCUUUUGCGUAUCUCACCUAACAUCUAGUGCUAACAGAGUCCAAAAUGGCUUCUUUCGGACGUACUUCCUCACCAGUUCUUACUAUGUCACCAAGUGCUGCUCAUCAAGGCGCGUUCGGCAUGUCUUCCUUCUCGCAUCACACCUCUCCUUUCAGCCGGGCUAAGUCGUUCGCUGCUUCUUCAUCCUGGGCUCAGCCUUCAAUCGCAACCCCUUCAACAGCAGGUCGUAAGCGAUCCAGAGAUGAGGCUGGCGUCAAUCUCGAUGUUGAAGAGGCUAAGCUGGAGACCAUCGAGCCCGUCAAAGAGCCAGAGGAUGGCUGGGUAUACGGCGAAGGUAUGACGCUCAUCAAGUCGCCUUCCUCGUACGUGGCUGAAGCAGGUAAUCAAUCUGGUACCUGGGUCGAAGAAAAAGUGAAUACGGAUAACAUCCGUAAGAACGAAGAAGCUCGUGCCCUCAACCAGCAGACACGGCCAUCUCUAAGAAGCAGCAAAUCGCAACGUUUAGAUAUGAACGCUAUCGCGAUUCCCGGUAGUGAGCCGCAGAUCAGUCGUUCCAGCCCAGUUCGCGACGCCGAUGCUGCUAAAGCCACACCUAGUCUAUCAGCCGAUACCAGCAGCCAGCCCAUCAUCGACAAUUUUACACUCCAUCUCGGAAUCGGGUGGAGCCGUCUUAGCGGGAGCGAGCACAUUCAAGCUGCCGCUCGCGGGUGGGCGAGAUAUAUCGAAAACCAUUUCCCCGUCACAAACGUUCAAAUUCAGCUAGAAAGCAAAGGACUUCAAUCAUAUUUCGUCGAGGCAACAGAAGGUUUCUUCCUAUUCUCCGAAACUCUGCGACAGGGUCAGCUCGUCAGCAAAAACUUAAACCAAGCAUUCGUCAAUCUAAAGACGUCACCGCCAACUUUCGAAGGGCCCGAGGCCAUGGUUGCUACAGAAUCACCCAAACCAGUCGAGAUUACGACAUUCCCACAAGUCGCUAUAGCCCCUGCUGAUGUUGAAAUGGACAUGAGCUAAACUGCUGAAAGGAGAAGGUCACUGAUUGCUUUCGUUGUAGGACAAUGCCGGCGUAGCUUGGCGAGAGGUAACUUGGAAUUGACAGGUAUGGACUGGGUGCGUUCGAAUUAAUAUUUCUAUUAACGGGUUUAACGGCUUCCCUUAUACGAAUUCGAGCCAACUG